AUGCCUGGUCCGUACAAAAUGGAGCCAAACGUAGAAGACCAUAUCGGUCUUCCGGACAAGCCAUUCAAGGAGUCAGACUUGCUCAAGGCGCUUGAAUCAAUUCAUAAAAAGGCCAGCUUCGCAUCCAUGACUCGAAUCAAUACUCUCAAUCCAUAUAUAUUCGUGCAGGAUGUUGGAAUGAUUGAUAAUCCUCUUUCGGAAACUCAGGCAAAACAAAUUGCUGCCAAGUCGCAUCAAGCCCCCUAUGAAAACAGUAACGAGACAAUUGUUGACACGCCGGUACCAAACAUAUGGGAACUCAAUCCGGAUCAAUUCAAGAUAAGAGCGCCAGCAUGGCAAACCUACUUGAACAAGGCUCUAGUUUACGUCGCUAGAAAGUUGAACAUUACUUCCCCUAUUUCUGCGGAGUUGCACAAAAUGCUUUUAUAUGAACAGGGUGCUAUGUCUAAGACCGCUCCGGAUACUGAGAAGAUCCCUGGGGUAUUUGGGACGCUCGUCAUCAAUCUUCCUUCACAUCACGAAGGUGGGGACGUGGUUGUCAACUACCGCGGCGCUUCAAAGCUAUUACCUACUUCGCGGCAUGAUAUGGCGUGCGCUUUUUGGUUUUCCGACGCCUCUUAUGAGGUCUUACCCGUCAAGAGCGGGUACAACUGGGUUCUGGUUUAUAAGCUUGCGAUAGACCCAACGGCUGCAUUGCCAACAGCAGCCAGUCGUCUUGAGAACAAGGCGCUUCGUGCGGCCCUCGAGUCGUGGUCACAAGAAGUCAGUAAUGGUUCGAGGAAACCUUUGCCUCUUUGCUAUGCGUUUGAUGUCAAUUAUACCGAUUAUUGCGGAGGAGUAUCGUACCAAGGGCUCAAAGAAGCGGACCGUGAGCGAGUUAGAUGUCUUCGGACCAUGUGUACCGAUUUGGACUUCGAUGUCUUUUUGGCCACUUUAGAAAAAAAAGAGACUCGUAUUAUCGAGGACAGACGUCGUCCGGAUUGGGACAUGGGUUGUUAUUGCGACCAUGACGACGAGGAAGAAGAGGAACAGGAGGAUGUUGAUUGUGAUACAACCGAUGAGUUCUGUGAUGUGUCCUAUAUGUUGACGGGGAUGGUCGACGUUGAAGGAAGAGUACUAGCCUCGAAUUUGAAACUUGAUGAAGAGUGCAUUUUGCAGGAGAAUUCCGUUACUGGCACGCCUUGGGACGAAAAGUACGAAGGAUACGUGGGCUUAGCUGGACCUCAACAAACAUCUCGGUAUCUUACAUCAAUUCCCAAGGACGACAUACGUGCUGUUUAUGAGCGUAUAGCACUAGCAGCAAUUAACAAGCUCGAGUUGGACGCCCUCACUGCUGCGGAAAUUCCCUCCGACAUAGGCGUAAAUGGCUCUAGAAACACUUCUGGCCCUCAGUACGUGACCUACAAGUCAUUUCUAAGGUUCAUUUCUACCCUUGUCGAACUCAAGCUUCAAAAACACCUUACCUUGCUCGCUCAGAAGAUAGUCGCUCAAGCGGAUAGAGUCAAGGGGGAAGAAUUAGACCUAUUUUGGAUACCGCUUCUCCAUGGGCUGUUUAUAGUCUUCGAGAAACGUAGGGUCCUUCUCUCGGUUCCAUACUGGAUGCAAAUAUACCAGAGUUUCUUCAAAGCCUACGUGAUGAACUACGUCCUGGAACAGCCGGCGCCUCCAUGCUCUUGUCAUGACUGCAAAUGGAGUUUGGGCGCGCAGUUCGAAGCAGCCAUGAAUGUCUGGUGGACGCGACGGCUCCACGCAGAAUUCUUAUUCGAGACCUUUGAUCAAGAGAUGCUACGAACCGUACUAGGAGACCAGUACGACGACAUCAUGAGCAUGAAAAUGCUCAAACGUCAACAACCACAACCUGUCGUAUGCAGUACCAAACAAGCCCAUCUACAGCAAAUCGAAUUAAUGCAUGCCACCUCGCGUGCCCGCAACCCAAACUCGUCCUUAACAACGUCGAAUCUAUAUAAUAUGCCGCCUCGACCGCCGGUAACAUUAUCCACCGCUGUUGCCGCAGGGUCAGCCAGGCCCGCGCCGCGGCCACGGCCGACGCCGAAACGAUCUAUGCUCGACGUUAGCCGAAGCAUCAGUGAAAGCGCACGCAAGCGAACAGCACAAAAUAGAUCAUCACCAUCGACGCGGCGCGAUCAUGGCGUUUCGAGUCCAGUGGGUGGCGGUAGCAGUAGCACACCGUCGAGACCGACACAAAGGAUUCCUAACCCUAUUACUGGAGAGAAGCACAAGUAUAUCGAUGUUAUUGAUCUUACGGGCGAUGACUGA